UUCCGGUGAGUCAGUGCGUGACUUGAGUGUUUGACUGGAGAGCCCUGCGAGCCAUUCAGGGCUGGACGAGACGGGGCCAUGGCGGACGGGGGCGCGGAGCGGGCCGAUGGCCGCAUCGUGAAAAUGGAGGUGGAUUACAGCGUCACGGUAGACCAGCGGCUGCCCGAAUGCGAGCAGAUGGCCCGGGAUGGAAGGCUUCAGGAAGCAAUCGAAACAUUGCUGUCACUGGAAAAACAGACUCGAACUGCUUCUGAUAUGGUUUCCACAUCUCGCAUCUUGGUUGCUGUAGUAAAAAUGUGUUAUGAUGCUAAAGACUGGAAUGCUCUUAAUGAAAACAUCUUCCUUCUUUCAAAAAGGAGGAGUCAGUUAAAACAGGCAGUUGCUAAAAUGGUCCAACAGUGCUGUACGUACGUUGAAGAGAUUACAGAUUUGCCAACAAAAUUGCAGUUGAUUGACACAUUACGUACAGUGACAGAAGGAAAGAUAUACGUUGAAAUUGAGAGGGCUCGUCUGACAAAUACACUGGCAAAAAUAAAAGAACAAAAUGGUGACGUAAAAGAAGCAGCCUCAAUUUUGCAGGAACUUCAGGUGGAGACCUAUGGAUCGAUGGAAAAGAAGGAACGUGUGGAGUUCAUCUUGGAACAGAUGAGGCUUUGUCUGGCUGUAAAGGACUACAUUCGAACUCAAAUUAUAAGCAAAAAAAUUAACACCAAAUUUUUCCAGGAAGAAAACACCGAAAAACUAAAAUUGAAAUACUACAAUUUAAUGAUUCAGUUGGAUCAGCAUGAAGGUUCUUAUCUUUCCAUUUGUAAACACUACAGAGCUAUUUAUGAUACACCCUGCAUCCAGGCUGAAGGUGAAAAAUGGCAACAGGCGCUGAAGAGUGUUGUGUUGUAUGUCAUCCUAUCCCCUUACGAUAAUGAACAGUCUGAUUUGGUGCACAGAAUAAGCAGCGAUAAAAAACUAGAAGACAUCCCCAAAUAUAAAGAUCUUUUAAAACUGUUUACUACUAUGGAAUUGAUGCGCUGGACUACCCUUGUGGAGGAUUAUGGGAAAGAAUUGAGGGAAGGAUCCCUUGAAAGUCCUGCAACAGAUGUUUUUGGCUACACAGAGGAAGGUGAAAAAAGAUGGAAAGAUUUAAAAAACAGAGUAGUGGAACAUAAUAUUAGAAUAAUGGCAAAAUAUUAUACCAGAAUUACUAUGAAGAGAAUGGCACAACUUUUGGAUUUAUCAGUUGAUGAAUCUGAAGAAUUUUUGUCCAACUUAGUGGUGAAUAAGACCAUCUUUGCAAAAGUUGAUAGGCUGGCAGGAAUUAUCAACUUUCAGAGACCCAAGGACCCAAAUAACUUACUCAAUGACUGGUCUCACAAGCUCAAUUCACUGAUGGCUCUAGUUAACAAAACUACACACCUCAUUGCCAAAGAGGAGAUGAUACAUAACUUGCAAUAAGGUGCCUCAGUAGCCUUAAUGCUUUAGUGAGGCAUUGAAUUGGCCAUAGAGACUUUAUCCCACUGUAUAUUUUUUCAUCUCUCCCUUCCAGAUGAAACUUAGAACAUAAUCACUCUUGAAGAAUUGUUGACAAUUAAGUUCCUUUGAUUAUUGAUUUGGUUUAUAACAAUUUUUUUGCUGCAAUUGAUGGGGAAAAAUAAAAUUGUACCGCUUGUGUAAUGGAAAUGGCCUUUGAUUUAUCCCAAUUCAUCCUGGAUUUGUCUUGAUUUGCAUAUCUUUUUACAUUGUUAGAUACAUGUUGUAAUACAUUCUUUUAUAAAGAAAUGUGACAAAGUGUUUAUUUAAUGUUGAUUCUCCUAGACUGAAAUUUCAAGCAUGAAAUAAGUAUAAUUUCUCUCCUAUGUUAAAAGUAUGAUAGGUUUAUAGCAGAUCAAGAAAAGCAUGGAAUUAAGUUGUAGCUGUUUUGUAUGUUUUUAUGCAUCAAUGCUUUUCACUUACAUUUAGGUAGGUAUGUUAACACAAACAGUUACCAAAAAAGUCUAAAACAUUGCUGAUACUUCAUUAUGUCUUGAUAAAGAAUUAUCUAGGCUGUUUCAAGUAACCUUACAAUCUAAACUGAAAGCAAAAUGUAAAUAAGUCAAACUGGUUUUCUAACCUUGCAUUCAACUAGUAAAUAGCCAUUUAAGUUUUGGCUCAUAAACUUGAAGGUCGAAUUUUAAAUGUACAGGCCUGCAGAGUGCUAUAUGCUGCUACUAAUUAAUUGAUUGCCAUGUUCAGCUACUGAGACAGGUUGUUUCCAAACAAACAUGUUUUAAAAAUGGCACUUAAAACAAUAUAAAGGAUGCAUAGGUAAGUGCCUUGGUUACAUUGAGGUUAAUGGUUUGAGCUUGCAUUUUUAAAAAUUGUAUUCCUUUACAUUAUUUGGCAAUUUGCAAAUUUUCAUUGAGAGAUUGUGAUGUGGCAUGAAGCAAGGAGUGGACUCUGCUAUUCUAAAGAACAAAUUGCUCCAAUGUUGGAUCAUAGCCUAUAUAAACGAACAAAAAUAGAUAUUUAUGUUACAUGUUUUACUCCAUUUUGCAUGGUAUGAUGUAAAUAGAACAGUUGCUUGUACAGGCAAAUUUUGUUCAGGCUCAUUCUGAGAUUCACUAUUCCAUAUAAGAAUUGUUGGUAGUUAAUCUUCAUCUGUUCCUGUUGUAUCUGAUGAUUUUCUAUCAGAAACUUGAAGUGAGUUCACACGGAGCUUUCAGCAAUCUCGUGAUCAGAGGUUUAGACCCUGGACCCCAGUUAAUGGUUUUUUAGAGAGAGAGAUGCCUCUUGUAGAAGAGGAGGAUGGAAAGUGAUAUUUCUGAAUAUUCUCCUCCAACCCCCCUCAAUCUCUCUGAUAUAGGGAAGGUCUUUGAGUAGGUUAAGAAAGGGCAGUGGAUGGUUUCCCAGAAGAAGGCAGCCAUCCCAAUCUUGGCUAUGUAAAACCUAACCUUUAAUUUAAGUGCUAUGUAUUGCAUGUAAUGUCUUACUAACGUAAAGAAGGACCAGAAGAUGCAAUACUUGACUUAAAGUGCUUGUCCAGCAUGUUAUGCGUGGCUAUAUUGUGCUACCUCAUGUCAUGAUACGAGCCCAGUGAGUAUCUAAAACCAUGCUUGAUUCUCAUUACGUAUUAAGGUGCAACAUUGAGAGAUUCAUUUCUUAUCCACUUUUACUAAACUUGCACGUGUCGGAAGGCCAAUGUCAAUUGAAUUCUGUUGCCUUUGCUACAUUGCAAAAUGUUGUUCACUGCCUACGACGAUUACAGAAGGUCCCACUACCUGAUAUUUAGAUAACUUUCCUUGGAUUCUUGUGCCAUUGUUCAGUUCAUACAGGAUUAUUCUACAACAUUUAGAAAAAAAAUUCAGUGGCAAAAAACCAGAAAUUAUCUGCCCAAAUCCAUAGUUCUGAGGAUUUGAACAAAUGCCGAUUAGCCUUUUUUUCUACAACAUAAUCCUAAAUUCUCCUGAGCUUCUAUCUACCAUAACAAUGAUGCCUCCCAUGCUCUUUAUAUGACAUUCAACUUACAUGAUAUAUAUAUAUUAUUUUCCCUGUGAUUCCUUUUGCCUUUUCUAGAGGGGUCUAAGACAAGUUGCCACAUCGAACUCACUGUGGCCAACUUGCUGCGGGCCAAUUGUUCCACAGCCAGUUGUCCCGCAUUGAGUUGAUCAUGGUGACUGCCAUGCCAAGUUGUGCCAUUCUGUUCUAGAGAACAUUUUAAACAUUCAUCAAAGACAUGCAUUCCAUUGCGCCAUUGCUUAAUCAAAGUUUGCUGAAUAAACCACAAUUGGACAUGUCUGCGCUGUAAUUUUAAAAUUCUUGUGGCUGGGAUCCCAGAACUUGCCAAUUAAACCAACUGCAUUAUCUAUGUAUUGUGUGAUCCAGGUGAAAGUUAACAUCCACUCCAGCAAGAUACUUUUCUAGAUUUACAGACUUUUAGCAAACUGAAAAAGCUCUCAUUUUGAAGGUCGCCUCUCUAUGAUUCCUGUAUACAUUUGAAACCAUGGUGGGGAAGUCACAAUUUACUGAAAUAAGAUGGUAGGUACAAUAUUCUGCCUUUAUCUCUUUCCCUAAUAAGCCUUGAAUUAGAACUGAUUCAGUUGUAAGUGAAACUGGCCUAAGUAGCAAGUCAUUAACAUUGUCUUGCAUGGGCUGUAUAUUUUCUAUAAUACAUAAAUCUGAUUUAAAGAUUGUUUAGUGGAAUUUGUAUCCAAAAAGAAGGAUACAAUGAAUUGUUGUUGAUUGCAAACCAGACAAGUAUUGCUUUAUAGGUAGCCUUAGUAAAAAGAAUAGUGAUUCUUGCCUUCACGUUUUCCUGUGGAAAGCAGCUAACAUAUGUGCAUUAUGACAACUUAAUCUGCAUGAGUCAGACUGGAAUGGUGUAUUAACAUGCAAAUCCUUUUUCUUCAAGAGCUGAUGAACUCCUAUUGAAGUUCCAUCUUUUAAGUAAUAAGAUUCAAACUCAUUUCCAUUUCCAAUGCAGUGGAAUAAAAUUCAAAAGAGAGGAAUUGUGUAUUAAGUAUAAUUUUGGUGAAAAAAUGAGACAAAAACUAAUUUGAAAAGCAAAGUUUUUAAAAAAACAAAAAUAGCUGAUUUUGUGCUCUAAAAUGUUCAGCAAUUGCAACUAUCCCCCACAAUUUCUGAUUAUCCACCAGCAGAAUCUCAUUCUCCGUGUAUACCACUACAAACCUUUUGAAGUUAUUGGGAUUACAGUAUCAGAUAAUGUGCUGAAUGUUUAUUACAUUUAUCUAGAAUGAGAUAAAUCAGAAUGCAUGCACUGAUUUGUCUGACCAAGAGUGUACAUUUUUAGGGUGUCUACUUGAGAUAUAAUUUUAAUAAGGAAUAGAGGAGUCUAUGUUGUGGUAAUUCCAUGCAAUUCUAUUGUGCUUGAAUUUUAAAAAAAAUAUUAGAUUUACUACUGACUGCCACUUAAUGCUUCUAGACAAUUGCUACUUCUUUACACAGUACUUUGGUAAGAUUAGGUCACCUGAUGACCUAAAUCGUGGUUUGGUUAAUUGAGAUUUGGUAAAUGACAAAUGGUUGGAUUUGCAGAACAUACUAAACCAUAAACAAUGGUUUGUAAAAUAAAAUGGCUGAAUUCAUGUAACUUAAGCCAAAAUUUAAAUAAACUGCAUUAUGGCUUAA